CCGCAGCCCCACCCCUCUCUCUCAACCUAUACCCUUCUCUCUAUCACCAUUUUCACUAAUCAGAACACCUACAAAACCACACACACACUACUAUUCUCUCCCUAUCUCAAAACAUACGUUCACUGCGUUUCUUUUCUCUCUCUCUCACUCCUUGAUUCUGGGGUUUUACCAUCGAAAAACCUCGCUAGCAUUCAAUCGAUUUACGCCAUGGAUCCUACUCGAGCUUUUGUCAAGAAUGUCAAGCGUGUAGUCGUCAAGGUAGGAACAGCUGUGGUUACCCGAGAUGAUGGGAGAUUAGCUGUAGGCCGACUUGGAGCUAUAUUUGAACAGCUUGAAAAGUUGAACUCCAGAGGCUUUGAAAUAAUUUUAGUUACUUCAGGAGCUGUUGGAGCAGGGCGCCAAAGGCUUAAAUACAGAAAAAUGAUCAACAGCAGUUUUGCUGACCUCCAAAAACCACAAGUUGAACUUGAUGGAAAGGCUUGUGCAGCUGUUGGUCAAAAUGGUUUAAUGGCAUUGUACGACACUUUAUUCAGCCAGUUGGAUGUGACAUCCUCUCAACUCCUAGUCACAGAUAAUGAUUUCAAGAAUGCAGAUUUCAGGGUUCAACUUUCUCAAACAGUUGACUCAUUGCUAGAUCUAAGGAGCAUCCCAAUUUUCAAUGAAAAUGAUGCAAUCAGUACAAGAAGAGCUCCUUAUGAGGAUUCAUCUGGUAUUUUUUGGGAUAACGACAGUCUGGCAGCUCUUCUGGCUAUGGAGUUAAAGGCGGAUCUUCUUGUGUUGUUGAGCGAUGUUGAUGGACUUUAUAGUGGUCCUCCCAGUGAUCCAAGGUCAAAGCUGAUCCAUACAUAUGUGAAACAAAAACAUCAAAAGGCAAUCAGUUUUGGAGAUAAGUCAAGAAUGGGAAGAGGUGGAAUGGAUGCAAAAGUCAAAGCUGCAUCCAAUGCGGCUUAUUCUGGCACACCUGUUGUUAUUGCAAGUGGUUAUGCUGCUAAUAACAUCAUAAAGGUUCUAAAUGGAGAACGUGUGGGUACUCUUUUUCAUAAAGAUGCGCAUAUGUGGAUUCCAAUUACUGAAAUCGGUCCACAUGAAAUGGCAGUUUCAGCUCGUGAAGCCUCUCGACGCCUUCAGGCAUUAUCAAGCAAAGAAAGAAAGAAGAUUUUGUUGGAUGUAGCUGCUGCAUUGGAGGCAAAUGAACAGUUUAUCAUGCUUGAAAAUGAUGCUGAUGUGGAAAUAGCACGUGAUGCAGGUUAUGAUGAAGCUUUGGUAGCUCGUUUAGCUUUAAAGCCUAGCAAGAUACGUGCUCUUGCAGAAUCUGUGCGUAAACUAGCAGAAAUGGAAGAACCCAUUGGCAAAGUUUUGAAAAGAACAGAGCUUGCUGAAGGGCUCAUCUUAGAGAAGAAAUCAUGUCCUUUAGGUGUGCUACUUAUUGUCUUUGAAUCACGCCCUGAUGCAUUAGUUCAGAUUGCUUCAUUGGCAAUCCGUAGUGGGAAUGGUUUGUUACUGAAAGGAGGGAAAGAAGCUAAAAGAUCAAAUGCAAUACUACACAAGGUAAUCACUUCUGCCCUCCCAGAAACUGUUGGAACAAAACUAAUUGGACUUUUGACAUCAAGGGAAGAAAUCCCAGACUUGUUAAAGCUUGAUGAUGUGAUAGAUCUUGUGAUCCCAAGAGGAAGCAAUAAACUUGUUUCCCAAAUUAAGAACUCGACGAAAAUCCCUGUUCUUGGUCAUUCUGAUGGAAUUUGCCAUGUAUACGUCGAUAAGGCAGCUAAUUUGGAAAUGGCGAAAAAGAUUGUUUUGGAUGCAAAAACAGAUUAUCCAGCAGCCUGUAACGCUAUGGAAACACUACUUGUGCACAAGGACUUGACUAAUGGUGGGCUUCAAGAGCUUGUUAAAGAACUUGAACAAGAAGGUGUUACACUAUUUUCUGGACCACGAGUGAAUGGUUUGGUUAACUUCACAAAGGCAAAUACAUUUCAUUAUGAGUAUAACUCCAAGGCUUGCACAAUUGAAGUAGUGAACAAUGUUGAUGAGGCCAUUGAACAUAUACACAGUUAUGGAAGUUCCCACACCGAGUGCAUUGUCACAGAGGAUCACAAAGUUGCUGAACAUUUUCUAAGUCGAGUUGACAGUGCUGCAGUUUUCCACAAUGCAAGCACACGAUUUUGUGAUGGUGCACGGUUUGGACUAGGAGCAGAGGUUGGAAUCAGUACAAGCAAAAUCCAUGCACGAGGUCCGGUUGGAGUAGAGGGACUCCUAACAACCCGAUGGGUACUGAGAGGUCAAGGGCAAGUGGUGGAGGGUGACAAAGGGGUCGUUUACACCCAUAAAGACCUUCUAAAAGCUACUAGCAAUGGCUUCUAGAUUUUUACCCUUCUUCUGGUAUGGUAAUUAUGUUUAAUUAGGAUCUGAAGGACACUAUUUUAAUAAUGUAAUAUGGCAGUUUGAUUGGAUAUUUGGUAAUGUAUUAAACAUUUUUAUUAAAUUUUUGUCAUGUUAUCGGAUAUUGGUAUAACAUGUAUUUGUUAGGCA